AUGUCGCAGCUGUAUCCGCGGCUCCAGGUCUCGUCCGAGGAGCUCGCGGCGCUCCAGUACCAUCCGAAGCGCAUCCGGAAUAUCUGCGUCCUCGCGCACGUGGAUCACGGAAAGACCACGCUGUCAGACCACUUAAUCGCUAGCAACGGUCUAAUCCACCCGAGGCUCGUCGGAAAGCUUAGGUUCUUAGACUGGCGGGAAGAUGAGCAGCGGCGCGGGGUUACCAUGAAAAGCUCGUCGAUUGCGCUGCUGUUUAAACGGCACGCCGCGUCGCCUGGUGGAACGACGGGGGGGAAGGCGCAGCAAGCGGAGGGCGGAGGGGAAGGGGGGAAAGGGGGAGGCGUGGGGGAGGGCGGAAAGACAGCGGUGCAGGAUGGUUUGGAUGAUAAAUAUCUGAUCAACCUCAUUGAUUCCCCUGGACACAUUGACUUCUGCAGCGAGGUGUCGACAGCAGCGCGUGUGUCGGACGGGGCAGUGGUGCUGGUGGAUGCAGUGGAGGGGGUGCACAUUCAGACGCACGCCGUUCUCAGACAGGCCUGCCUGGAGCGCCUGCAGCCCGUACUCGUUAUAAACAAGAUGGACAGGCUUAUAACGGAGCUCAUGCUCACUCCUGCGGAGGCUUAUGAACGGCUCAAGGGCAUAAUCACGGAGGUCAACAACAUCAUCCACGCAUUCCGCUCCGAGAAAUACAUGUCCCACGUGGACUCCCUCUCCCUGCCAGCUGGCGCCACGUCAGCAGGCCAUCCAGCUGGCACCGACGGGGAAACAAGCGGGGGAGGAGCAGGAGAAAGGGAAGGGGGAGGGGCGGGGUCAGGUGUGGCCGGGGAAGGGGAAGAGGAGGAGGAUGAGGAGGAUGUGUUUUCACCGGACAAGGGGAAUGUGGCGUUUGCAAGUGCGGUGGAUGGGUGGGCUUUAAGGGUGAACGACUUCGCAGCCAUGUAUGCGAGAAAGCUGGGCGCGUCUGAAAAUGCCCUCAUGAAGGCUCUGUGGGGCGACUGGUACUACAUCCCCAAGACCAAGAAGAUCCUGAAAAAGAAAGCAGCACAGGCGGCAGUGGGCGGCGCAUCUUCGUCUGCUGCCGCCCGGCUGCGGCCAAUGUUUGUCCAGUUUGUGCUGGAGCCCGUGUGGCAGAUCUAUGAAGCUGCCGCCCAGGGAAGCAACAGUAGCAGUGGCAGUAGUAGUAAUGCAGAGGAUGGCAGCAAAUCCAAUCCGAUUCUUGAGAAAAUCAUAUCUUCACUGGGUCUGUCCGUGCCGCCCAAGGAUCUCCAGCACAAGGAUCCGCGCACCGUCGCCCAAUCAGUGAUCGCCAGGUGGCUGCCUCUCGCGCCCUGUAUUCUCUCCAUGGUGGUUGACUGCCUUCCCGACCCAGUCGCCGCCCAGAAAGACAGGCUCGGGUGCUACCUGCCGAACCGGCCUGCCGUACCUGCUGGUUUGGCAGACAGGUCUGGGAAAGCGGGAGACGGGGAGGAGGGAGGGGAGGAGUGGGUGUUGCGACAGGUGGCGUCGGUUGAUAGGGCGGUGGAGACGUGUGAUUCGAGUGAAGAUGCUCCGUGUGUGGUGUUUGUGUCUAAGAUGUUUGCCGUGCCGUUUGAAAUGCUGCCCAGGGAGGAGCAGCGGGCAGAAGAGGAUGCAGCUGCAGCAGCAGCAGCAGCAGCAGGAGGGGGAGGAGCGGGAGGAGGAGGGGGGAUGGGAGGAGAUUUAGCUGCAGUAGACGAUUCAGGGGGGUCGGUGCGUGAUCGAGACUUCUUCUUUGCGUUUGCCCGCGUUUUCUGCGGGCGGCUGCGGGCGGGGCAGCGCGUCUUUGUCCUUUCCCCUCUGUACGACCCGUGCCGCCCAGCAACGUGGGCCAGGCACAGACAAGAGGCGCAAGUGGGCGCACUGUUCAUGAUGAUGGGGCAGGGAUUGCAGCCAAUCAGCAGCGUGCCAGCUGGCAACUGUGUGGCGAUCAAGGGAUUAGAGGCGUGCAUUCUCAAGAGUGCGACUGUGUCUUCAACUCCCUACUGCCAGCCAUUUGCGUCCAUGGUGUUCCAGGCCGCCCCUAUAGUGCGAGUAGCCAUCGAACCAGAAGACCCCCGUCAUCUCCCCCUCCUCGCACGCGGCCUCCGCCUCUUAAACCGCGCCGACCCCUUUGUAGAAGUCGUCCUUGCCCGCUCAGGGGAGCACGUGGUGGGGGCGGCGGGCGAGGUGCACCUGGAACGAUGCAUCAAGGACCUGCAGGAGCGCUUCGCACGCAUCAAGCUUGUUGUGUCCAAGCCCAUCGUGUCCUUCCGAGAGACCAUUGCCCCCACGGGGUAUGUGACGGGGCAUGCGACUGGAUCUACAAGUGCAUCUGGGUCCGAAAAUGCGUCACUGUUUCCUACCACGGUGCUUACGGUUACCACCACCCCUGGUCCCCCUCCUAGUGUCGCAUCAGUGCUUGGUGCUGGGGUUGAUGGGACGAGCAGCAGUGGGAAUCCAGCAUCCUCGUUAGCAGCAGCUUCGUUAUCGCCGCUAGCAGCGCUGGCAGCGAAUUCGGCCUUUUCGAGUGCGUCUGCUGCUUCUGGAGCAGCCAUCCCGCUGGGAUUCAGCCUCGGUUACGCACUUGCGGUUACCACAACCGGCACAGGUACUUGCAGUGGUGGUGGUGGUACUGCUGCUGCUUCUGUCGGCAGUAGUGGUAACCCUGCAAAUAGUGCCUUUGGUUCCUCAGCAGCAACAGCAGGAGGAGCAGGAGCAGGAGCAGGAGCAGGGGCAGGGGCAGGUUUACCCGGGGGAGGUGCUUUCUGGACGGAGCUCUGGGCGGCAAACGGGCGGUGCCGGGUGAGGGUGCUCGUUGAGAAGCUUCCUGGAAAGCUGGCAGCGGUGUUGGAGAGGGAAGGGGAGAUUCUAAGGGAUGUUCUGGUGGAGGAAGGAGGAGGGGUGGGGGGUGGAGGGAGGGGAGGAGGAGGAGGAGGAGGAGGAGGAGGAGGAGGAGGAGGAGGAGGAGGAGGAGGAGGAGGAGGAGGAGGGGAAGGGGGAGAAGGAGACACGUCAGCACCAUCAGAAAAUUCAACCCAGUCAAUGCAGUCAAUGCAGCAGUCAAGACAUUCACCCACUCUCGCAUCGCUAAGGCAGCGCCUCCUAGAAGCUAUAGAUGAAGCAGAUCCAGACGAGGACUUGGACGCAUAUGGGGGAGGCUCAUCUGCUUCUGCCGCCUCUGCUUCUGCCGCCGCUUCGUCUUCUUCUGCGGCGAACCAGCCAAUGGGAGCGGAGGCGAGGCGGGCGGCAGUGGCAGAUUUCCGGGCGGCAUGGAGGAGCAAACUGGAGAGAAUAUGGUCACUAGGGCCGAGACAUGUCGGGCCAAACCUGCUACUGGCUCCUGUUUCUGUGAAUCCUAGCGGUAGUAAUCCCAGUAGUAGAAGUAGUGUGAAUUCUAAUGGGAAUAGUACUGGUCAUUUUAGGUCAGGAGUUUCGGGAAGCCUUCCAGCUGGCGGUGUGGUGGUUUCCGGGCUGCCGGAAGCUUCCUGGAAGCUGGGGCUGGCGAGCACGGGCUCAGCGCAGGGUGGUGCAGAAGAAACGGGGAAAGAUGUGGGAGGGUCGAAUGGUGUGAUUGGUGCUGCAGAUGGGGAGGAGCAGGAGGAACAAGUGCAGAGGGAAGAGAGGGAGGAGGAGGAGGAGAGGGAGGGUGGUGUUAAUGGUGCUGCUGCUUCUGUUAGUGACUUUGGUGCUCCAGAGGAUGACGUGGCACUGCGGAACGAAGCGGAGGGAUUGGCCGGGUCGGUGGUGAGUGGCUUCCAGCUCGCCACGUCAGCAGGGCCUCUGUGCGAGGAGCCCCUGUGGGGGCUGGCGUUCACUGUGGAGGUUGUGAUUGUAAAGGGCGCCGGGCAGGUGAUGAGCGCAGUGAAGGACGCGUGCAGGGCAGCAGUAGCAGCCAACUCCCCUCGGCUGGUAGAAGCCAUGUUCCUCUGCGAGGUCACCACCACCACUGAGGCUUUAGGCGCCGUGUAUGCGGUGCUGGGGAGGAGGAGAGCAGCAGUGGUGCGGGAGGAGAUGAACGAGGGAUCGGGGAUGUUCACCGUGCACGCGCACUUACCCAUGGCGGAAUCUUUCGGGUUUGCGGAGGAGCUCAGAGGGAGGACGUCCGGUGCUGCCAGUCCCCAGCUGGCGAUGAGCCAUUGGUCGAUGGUCCCAGAUGACCCGUUCUUUGUGCCGCGGACCGAGGAGGAGAGGGAGGAGUAUGGCGACUCGGGGGUGGGGUUGGGUGUGAAUGUAGCGCGGAGGCUGGUGGACGGGGUGAGGAGGAGGAAAGGAUUGCCUGUGGAGGAGAAGGUUGUUGAGAAGGCCACAAAACAGCGGACUCUAGCUCGCAAGGUGUGA